GUGAUUCUGGGCAAGUCACGUAACCCCACUGCUUCACCAAAAAAAGAGACAUUUUCCCAGUAAUUCUCAAGUGUGAUUUUUGGAGACCAUCUUUGAGCGCCUCCCAUGUUCUGGAGUAGAAUUCAUGGCGUUUGUCUAACUGGGGGUGCAGUUACUAUCUUGUCAUCCGUCUUUGGGCUUUCAGUUUUUCUGAAGUUUUUGCUCCUGUGUCUCACCUCCCAUCACGCUCUGCUUUUUGAAAGCAAUUUUCUCUUUGUCUCCCGAAUACUUACACCCCUUCGCUUGUGGCAGAAACUCGAUAAAUACUUGUUGAAUUUCAUUGAAUUAACAGUGUUUUUCUGACCUUUUCCAGAGUGAUAAUCAUUCCUCUAACGGAAUUUUCUCCUCACGCAAAGAACAGGGAACAUUGAUACUUCUGUGUUUCUUUCAGAUUCCCUUAAUCAGGAGAUUAAAUGUGAAACCUUGGACUCGAUUCCACAGCACAUCAUUUGUAUGGAAACAUCCGAUGAGAAACUCACAAAAGAUGGUUUUUGGGAUUCUAAGAUGGGAGAAGAUUGGGAAUAUGACAUCAUGUUAGAAAGGCAGAAAGCCAACCAAGAGAAUCAAUAUAGUCAACUAGAAACUGUUAAUGUGAAAAAUUUUGAUGAGAUGAGCAUCCACGGAGGUAGUACUUUUGGGAGAGAUUUUGAUCUGGGGUCACUCUUUGUUCCACAACAGAGAACUCCUUCGGGACAAAAUCUUUUUAAAUUUGAUCCACUUGGAAGCAGUUUUGAUCAGUUUUCAGACCUGAUUUUAUUUAAUGGAAUGUCCUUAGAUAAUAAACAUUGUAAGUACAAUAAAUGGAAGAAGCCCUUCGAUUACCCCCCAGAUCUUUUUCCAUUCCCUACUGUAAAUCCUGGAAACAAACCCUUUGACUAUAAUGAGUAUGGGAAAACCUUCAGCCCAGGGACAUCUCUUAUUUAUCAUCAGAUAAUGAAUACUGGGGAGGAACCUUUUCAAUUCAAUGGGGAAGGCUUUAGUCAGAGAAGCUACUUUAGUGAACAUAAAAGAAUUCAUGCUGGAGAGAAGCUCUUUCACUGUAACGAAUGCGGGAAGUCCUUCAAUCACAAGGGCAACUUUACCAAACAUCAGAGAAUUCAUACAGGAGAGAAACCCUUUCAGUGUAACGAAUGUGGGAAAGCCUUCAGCCGCAGGGGAAACCUUACGGUACAUCAGAAAAUUCAUUCUGGAGAGAAGCCCUUCCAGUGUAACGAAUGUGGGAAAGCCUUCAUCCGCAGGGGCAGCCUUAUCGAACAUCAGAGAAUUCACGCCGGAGAUAAACCUUUCCAUUGUCGUCAGUGUGGAAAGACCUUCAGUCAGAGGGGAAGCCUCACUGAACAUCAGAGGAGUCAUACGGGAGAAAAACCUUUUAAAUGCACCGAAUGUGAGAAAAGUUUCUGCCAGAGGACAUCCCUUUUUUAUCAUCAGAGGGUUCAUACUGGGGAAAAACCCUUUUCGUGUAAAGAAUGCGGGAAAGUCUUCAGCCGCAGCGGAAGCCUCUCCAAACAUCAGAGGAUUCAUACCGGUGAGAAACCCUUUGAAUGUAAUGAAUGUGGGAAAUCCUUUAGCCAGAGGGGAAACCUUGCUAAACAUCAGAGAAUUCAUGGUGGAGGGAAACCUUUCGAAUGCAAUGAAUGUGGAAAAAAUUUCACCAACACCUCGUGUCUUGCUAUACAUCAGAGAACUCAUACUGAAGAAAAACCCUUUAAAUGCAACGACUGCGGAAAAGCCUUUAGUUGGAGGGUACGCCUUAUUGUGCAUCAGAGAAUUCAUACUGGAGAAAAACCCUUUGGCUGUAACGAAUGUGGAAAAGUCUUCAGUCAGAGGGGCCACCUCAAUGCACAUAAAAGGAUUCAUACCGGGGAGAAACCCUUUGUGUGUAACGAAUGUGGAAGAGCUUUCAGCCAAAGGAUCUGCCUUACAGAACAUCGACGAAUUCAUGCUGGAGAGAAGCCCCUUGAAUGUACUGAAUGUGGGAAAAACUUCAGCCACAGAACAUCCCUAUUUUAUCACCAGAGGAUUCACACUGGAGAAAAACCUUUUGAGUGUAAUGAGUGCGGGAGAACUUUCAGCCAGAGCGGCAACCUUACUGAACACCAGAGGAUUCACGCGGGAGAGAAACUCUUUGAGUGUAAUGAGUGCGGAAAAGCCUUCAGCAACAAUUCACGCCUUGCUUUACAUCAGAGAAGCCAUAAUGGAGAGAAAUUUUUUCAGUGUAACCAGUGUGGAAAAGUCUUUGGCCAGAGGGCCCAUCUUAAUGCACAUAGAAGAAUUCAUACUGGAGAGAAACCCUUUGAGUGCAGCGAAUGUGGGAAAGCCUUUAGCUGGAGGGUGAGCCUUACUGUGCAUCAGAAAAUCCAUACUGGAGAGAAACCUUUUGAGUGUAGUGAAUGUGGGAAGGUCUUUAGCCAGAGAGGGCACCUUAACACACAUAAGAGAAUUCAUACUGGAGAGAAACCCUUCGAAUGUACUGAAUGUGGGAAAGCCUUCAGUCAGAGGGGCCACCUUACUGAACACCAGAGGAUUCACGCUGGAGAAAAACCACUCGAAUGUAAUCAGUGUGGGAAAAACUUCAGCCACAGGACAUCCCUUUUUUAUCAUCAGCGAAUUCAUACAGGAGAGAAACUUUUCGGAUGUAAUGAAUGCGGCAAGGUCUUCAGCCAGAGCGGAAGCCUUACAAAACAUCAACGAAUUCACACCGGAGAGAAACCCUUUAAAUGUGAGGAAUGCGGGAAAUCCUUCAGCCAGAGAGGAAACCUGACAAAACAUCAAAGAAUCCAUGCCGGAGAGAAACCCUUUGAAUGCACCGAGUGUGGAAGGGCCUUCAGCCAGAAAGUACACCUCACGGAACAUCAGAGAACCCAUGCUGGUGAGAAGCCCUUUGAAUGUAAUGAAUGUGGGAAAAACUUCAGCCACCGGUCAUCUCUUUUUCAUCAUCAGAGACUUCAUACUGGCGAGAAACCCUUUGGAUGUAACGAAUGUGGAAAACUCUUCAGCCGUUAUGGAAGUCUUAGGAAACAUCAGAAAAUCCACAUUGGAGAAAAGCCCUUUGGGUGUGAUGAAUUCGGGAAACCAUUCAGCCAGAUCAGACCCCUAAAUGAGCAAGAGAUAAUCCACGCUGGUGAGAAACUCAUAGACGAAAUGAACGCAGGAACGCCCGCGGCCCUGGCCGAUUCCUUGGGAAGCAUCAGAUAAUCGACGUGCAUCGGUGUGAGUACUGCUUGUGCUAGCGCAGACAGCUCCUGCAUGAUUUAGAAGUUCUUUUACGGUUGCUUUAGCUGAAAAAGUUUAUCCCGUAGCCAGUCUGAGUGAGUCUGUUCGAACUUUCCUGUAGCCUCUCGACCUUAGUGUAGGACUUGACAGCUUUCAUUCCUUUGAGUUCCCAUAGAGUCGCCUCUAUGCCACAAUGAAGAGAAGGACUCGAUCGGAGUAAUAGUACUUGUCUAUCCUUUGACCAUUUAUCUCUUGGAGGAUCACUCGAUCUUAUGCAUUUGCCAACCCCUUGUAGAUUUUAGAUGUCUGAGAGAUCAAAAAUAACUCAUAUAAAUAUAAAAGGGCACGUUACAAAAAUAACUGGACAGGAGUACUAAUCACAAACGGUGUUGGGGAGAAUUCGCAACCAGAUGAGGGAGGGAGAAGAUUACAAAAGAAAAAAUUGUCUUUUUCAGUCGUUUAAAAUGAAAAUACUUUUACAAUAACAGAAUCACUGGAAAUGGAGUAAGGUAAAAAGCUUUCAGUUUAGCAAAGAGUAUUUGCAGCCACCAUCUCGGACAUUCGGAAUAUGAGGGAUUAACAACAAUAGGGCAACAGUUAUCAAAAAUCCGUUCCGUAGUGGAUAGAUGGCCAAAGGAUUCUGACUCAUUUACAGUGAGAGUGAGGAAUCAGUGGAAGUGAGAGAUCACCUCUGUCAAGUUGGUGAAGAUGGUAAAAAAUGGAAAUGGUCUGUGCUGGAGGACUCUGGAAAGACAGCACCUUAAUACACUGAUGAUUUACAAGUGGAAUUAAGUUCUCUGGAAAACAAUUUGCAAUCAUGUGAGCAGAGUUACAGAGCUGUUCCUUUCCCUUGGUCCCACUAUUUACCCACAAGUUUUAUAUCCCCAAGGAUGUCAUUGAAAGAAAGGUCCAAUAUGCAGCAAAAUUCAUCACAGUAGUAUUUUAUAUCUUCAUUUCACCUUAUGUUACCUCACUUUUCCCACGCAUCCCCAAAAUGAACCCUUUCUCUUGACAAAAGCAGUUAUAUAGAAAUAGUGAUGCUGAGACCUUAAGUGACUAACUGUACAAUAUUCUCUCCUAAAGUUCUAUAUUAUUUAGGCUUUGGGACCUCAGCCUUUUAAAAUAUUUGACUCAUUUUUAUAUCAUAGUUUUUUGCCACCCACCCCUUCCGGGUUCAGCCAUCCCUUAUGACAAAACAAAUAAUUUUUUUAGAAAUAUGAUAAAGAACUUUGUGUGACGAUGUAAACAACAUCUUACAUUAGUAUUCCCCCAUCUCUGUCACGGUUUUCUAUUACUCAUUUUGACUUGGUUUUAGUGAUCUUCCCAUUUUUGUUGUUGUCAUCAUGUAUUGUUCUCUUGAUUCUUCUUACUUCCCCCUGUCUCAUAUAUAUAUACAUACAUAUAUAUAUAUAUAUAUAUAUAUAUAUAUAUAUAUCGCUUUUCAUGGCCCAGGAAUAACCCUAUACAAUCACUUUCCACAGUCUUGUUCCUCCAACAAGGGGUCACCUGCUUCGUUUCAAAUAUCUUGCUACCAUGAAGAGUGCUGCUCUUAGAUAUUUUGUACAGAUUGGACUUUUGUUUCUCUCUUUGACUUCCUUGGGCUACGUACCGGGUAGUGAGCUAUCUGGGUUAAAAGGAUAGACAUUCUAGCCAAUUUACUUGGGUGAUUUCAAACCAAAAGCCACCAUGUUCAGACUGCUUCACAGUUCACCAAAAAAGCAUUGGGGUGCCUGUUUUUCCAUGGUUUCUUCACUGUGGUUCCCAUUUUUUAUUAUCUAAGCCAAUUUGCAUAGGGUAAGGUAAAACUGAGAAGUUAUUUUCAUUUGGAUUUCUUGUACUGUUAGUGACUUAGAAUAUAUUUUCAUAUCACUUGAAGUUUGCAUUUGACUCAUCUAGUACCAAAAAACCUGGAAAUUCCCAAAAGUUGGGAGAAUGACGGAGCAAAUUGUGGCGUACAAACGUAUCCAAGCUAGUAUUCGAUAUUCAGAGAACCAUCUGGCUGGUGUGAAGAAGCAGAAGGCCAACAUAUGGAGUGACAGAGGCAACUUUAGAGUCCAGAACAAGCACAGUAACCAAUUUUGGUCCCCAAGACUCGGAGUAAAACGUGGUUCCCUCUUCCCUGUUCAGAAAUGUUCAACAGUGAAGGAAGAGCCAGAUGUUGUUU